AUGCGCAUUCAGAUUGUGAGCGAUCUCCACCUCGAGAUCGAACGACAAGGGAGCCCCGCCGGCCAAGAAUUCUACUUCUACGACAUACCAGUGAAAGCAGAACAUCUCGCAUUGCUCGGGGACAUCGGUUGGUCGAUCGACGACAGACUAUUCGAUUGGCUCAGAAAACAAUUGGAGCUUUUCAAGGUUGUCUACUUCGUCUCCGGAAAUCAUGAACCAUACCGUUCAUCGAUUGUAGAAUCGGUCGCCAGGUUUCAAAACUUUGCUGACGACAUCAAUUCCGACCAAUCGCUAGGCGAAUUUAUCUUUCUAAACCGUACACGCCACGACGUGCCUGCGGAGCUCACCAUUCUUGGCUGCACGCUUUGGGCUGCAUUGAAUCCAGAUGAUCUAGACAUCCUCUCCUGGUCGCUGACAGACUUCCGGCGUAUCUCCUCCUUCGACCCGGAAUCGUUCACUGCUAUCCACAACGCCGACCUCGAGUGGCUGAAUGCUACCAUAUCCAUGAUAUCCCAGGCAGAACCAGCUCGGAAGAUCGUCGUGUUCACACACCACGCACCGACGCUCUCCGGUACCGGCGAUCCCAAGUACGAGGGGCAGCCUACCAAUUCUGCAUUUGCCACUGAGCUGACGGGCGAGCCGUGCUGGACGACCGGGAACGUCGUUCUCUGGGCGUUCGGGCAUACACACUGGAGCUGCGAUUUCGAGCGCGCCGGCGUACGGGUCUACAGUAACCAGCGGGGCUACGGCGAGGGUGGACCGGGCUACAGUGCAGACAAGACAAUAGAUUUAUAG